AUGUCCACGGAACCACUCGCAGUCACCGUUCAAGCACACGUGCUUACAAAGGUGACCACUUGCUUGCCAUCAGAACCACCAUCUCAGCCCACUCAGCCAGCGCAUUUGGAGAAAUUGAAUCUCGCAGAUCCUCAAUUUCUCGUAUCCAGACCGGUGGACAUCAUUCUUGGAGCAGACGCAUACAGGCAAGUCAUCAAGCCAAAUAUUAUUAGGAACACGUCAGCACCGUUGAUCGCUCAACUCUCGAUUUUCGGUUGGCUCAUAAUCGGGCCCCUCGAGGGCACUCAGACAAUUCGCAGGGCUUCUCAUCAAGUGACAGUCAAUAAUACUGAUCGCCAAUUGAACGAGCAAGAGUGCGAAGAUCAUUUCAAGACCACGCAUUCAAGAGACCCCGCUGGAAGAUACAUUGUGCCAUUGCCGCUCAAAAUUCAUCCUCGAGCACUUGGCAAUUCUUAUCAGACCGCGCACAGUUGCCUUCAACGGACUCUCAGACGACUCAGUAAGGACGCCCAGUACAAUCAGCUGUACACCAAGUUCAUGCUCGAGUAUGAGCAACUUGGUCAUAUGUUGGGCAGCACGACCACCGCAUUGCGUGUGGUUUUCAAUGGCUCCAGUCCAACUUCAUCAGGAUACUCGUUUAACGAUCUUCUACAUACUGGUCCAAAUCUGAUGCUGAAUAUCGCAGAUCUUCCCAUUUGGAUACGAAGAUACAAACAUCUGUUUGCAACUGACGUCACGAAGAUGUACCGACAAAUUAAGGUGCAUCCAGAUGACUGGAGCUUGCAGCAGAUACUCUGGCUUGAUGACACGCAGAAAGAAACGCAGUACCAGCUGACCACGGUCACGUACGGAACGAAAGCUGCACCGUACUUGGCUGUCCGAACACUCUUGCAACUCGCUGACGACGAAGGGUCGAAAUAUCCCCUUGCCGUGGAACCCAUCAAAAAUGGCGACACGCUCAACUUUUCGACCAUAUCAGCCACGCAGCGCACGCAAUUUACAAAACGCCUCAUUCUCUCCGAAGUAGCUCAACUCUUUGAUCCACUCGGUUUUGUUGCACCUGUAAUUAUCAGAGCCAAAAUUCUUAUUCAAGAGCUUUGGUUACAGGAACUCAGUUGGGACGACAUUCUGCCACUUCACAUCACUCAACGAUGGUUAUGCAUCAAGGAAGAUUUAACCAGCUUGGCCAAGCUUUCCAUCCCUCGAUGA